CAGUGCAGCGAGCCAGCAGGGAGUCGUGGUGCAAGUGGAACACAACAAAAUCAUCUGGGAAAAAGCGAGGUUAUAUUUGCUAUCGGUUUAUAUAAAUAAAUAUGCUUAAAAUAAAUUGCCAAUUAAAAUGAGCAAUUUAUUAAAUGUCGUGCUUAAACACGGACUUAAUGCAUUAAAGUUGAGAAAGCAAACACUGCAGGGAUUGUGCAGGAUUAGUAAGGCACCGACGGCGCCGACAAAACAUUUCUGCACACCCAGCCCUGCAUUUGAUGUCAGCACCAAUGUGUCUAAGGACAUCAUAUUGUUUAAAUACGAAAAUCCUCGUUUUUACAACAUCCUCAACGUCUUCGCCGUUUGUCAGUUUGUGUUCUGGAGCUAUCUAUCGCAUUUCGCUUUUACAACCCUAAAAGAUGCUCCCGUUGUAGAAAAUCCUGAAUAUGAGCUGAAGUGGUAUCAGCGCAUUAAUCUCGGUGAGAACAAGUACAGAAAUGGUAUUGCAGUAUGCUGCUUUGCCAUAGGGUAUGGCAUAUUGUUUGCUGCCUGGAUGUUUACACUGCGUUCUGUGCGUUUCCUGAUACUGCGAAAAGGUGGACAAGAUGUGUCUUUUGUUACGUAUGGCCCAUUCAAUCGUAAUCGCAUCAUGACGGUACCACUGAAAUGCAUAUCGGCGCAAGAGUCUCGAGAAUUAGCUCGAGUGCAAUUGCCAAUAAAGGUGAAAAACAAGACGCUUUACUAUGUGCUUGAUAUGCGUGGCGAGUUUCGGAACCCCCAGCUAUUUGACUAUACGGCAGGCCUUAAACGACGUGUUUAGCGUAUUUGUUUAUAAAAAAUUUGUUAUUUAUAAUUCGUAAGUAAAUACAUUAGUAUCAGCCAUUAAACUUA